UUCAUCAAGACGAUAGGUGGUGCAUAGCCUUCAUAAAAAUGUCAACUGCGGAGUCCACCUCCCUGGAUCGUGUGGGAGAAAACCGUAAAAAGCUCCAAGGAAAAUGUCUCAGAAUCGUCUCCCCCGUGUCUCCUGCUAGGCUUUACUGCUGCUAUGCAGUGAUCAUCGUCCUCACUGGAGCUGUGAUUGCACUUUCUGUGGCUCUGUCAUUGUCAGGAAAGACAGAACAGAUCUCACGCAACAAUACCUAUGCUGUUUGCCCAAGAAACUGGAUUGGAUUUGGAAAUAAAUGUUUUUAUUUUUCUGAAGACAUGGAAAACUGGACAUUCAGCCAGAACUACUGCAGGGCACUAAAGGCCCAACUAGCUCGAUUUGACAACCAAAGGGAGCUGAAUUUCCUGAAGAGAUACAAAGGGCCAUUUGACCACUGGAUCGGCCUGCACAGAGAGUCAUCACAUCACCCUUGGAUGUGGACAGACAACACUGAAUAUAACAACUUGAUUCCCAUCCGAGGAGAAGGAAAGCAUGCCUACCUGAGUGACAGAGGGAUCAGCAGUGGCAGGAACAACAUACAUAGGAAGUGGAUUUGUAGCAUGCCCAACAGCUACACUUUACAGUGUCCAGAAAUUUCACAGCGUGUGUAGAGAAUGUAUC